AAGGUGACAAAAGCCUUGAAUAUUUAAAUGGUGAAGCAGAGUUUGCCGUCUCUUGAAAAUUCAAACUCAACCCCGUCGCUCUCUCCAACUUUUAAAGCCCCUCACCAUCUCCAAUCAAGUUUGGCGGAUCUCCAUCACCAUGACAUAUACAAAUGAAUAAGUUAAUACCCCAACAAAAAAACAAAGAAACCCAUGUUUCUACCCUCUUAUAGGCUUUAAAAAAACCUUAAUAACAACAUCACAUCUUCCAAGUACACACCACCCCCACCUACUUCAAUAUGCUCUCCAUCGUCUCUUCCAAAAAACCAUCACCCCCCAUUUCAUUAUUUUAAUGGUGUUUCACACCCUCUCUUAUCUUCCUCUUUGGUCAAUGAUCAAACAGUUCUACACCCCUUCUCUUCUUCGUCUUAUUUUUCCCCCACAAUGACCAUUGAAGAACCUGAGCCUAACCCCACUUCUGAUCACAUCCUGGAUUGGCUGGAGGAUUCGGUUUCGUUUCUUCCGUCUUUCUUGGAUGAUCCCUACGGCUCCGGCGAUAUCAGCAGCUAUCAAUGGUGGGAUCAGGGCCAGGAGCUGGACCAGGAUUUUACUAGUUAUACUGAUAAUUCAAUCAACUGCAACUCCGCUGCCGUCGCCGGUGCUGUAACUCCCUGUGAUCCUGCGAGUGUUGAUCAUCUCCAACUGUCUGAUUCGUCGAAGAAGAGGAAAUCCCCGGAUGACCCAGCUCCCAGAGUGGCCCCAAAUCAUCAGAGAAAGAAUCAGGGCCGGCGCGCUAGUGAGACUGAAGAUGGGGAUGCGGUUGAGGAGGCUGUGGCAGCGAAGAAAUCCGUCGGAAGCAAGAAAGCCACAGGUAAGGCUACAGGGAAUAACUGUAAUAACAGUAAUAGCAAGGAAGGGAGGUGGGCUGAGCAGCUGCUCAACCCCUGCGCCACCGCCAUCACCGCUGGAAAUCUAUCCCGUGUUCAGCACCUCUUGUAUGUCCUCCAUGAGCUGGCAUCCUCCACCGGCGACGCCAACCACCGGCUGGCUGAUCAUGGCCUGAGAGCCCUGUCCCACCACCUAUCCUCCUCUGUCUCUGUAGGGCCUAUCACCUUUUCUUCCACAGAGCCGAGGUUUUUCCAGCGAUCCCUUCUCAAAUUCUAUGAGGUUAGUCCCUGGUUCGCCUUCCCCAACAAUAUUGCAAAUACAUCCAUCCUGCAAAUUCUCAAUGGGGUGCCAUCCCGCUCGCGAAAUCUUCACAUCCUUGAUAUUGGAGUCUCCCAUGGUGUGCAAUGGCCGACGCUGCUCGAGGCCUUGAGUCGUCGGUCUGGCGGCCCUCCUCCACUGGUUCGCCUCACGGUCAUCGCCGCCACCAGUGACAAUGAUCAGAACACAGAGACCCCAUUUUCAAUAGCUCCACCAGGGGACAACUUCUCGGCCAGACUCCUCUCCUUUGCCAAGUCCAUGAACAUCAAUCUGCAGAUCAACAGGCUUGACAACCACCCAUUACAAAGCCUCAGUCCCCAGCUCAUCGACACCUCCCCUGAUGAAACCCUAAUCGUUUGCGCGCAGUUCAGGCUGCACCAUCUGAAUCACAACACCCCUGAUGAAAGAACUGAGUUCUUGAAGGUACUGAGGAAGCUGGAGCCAGAAGCAGUUAUUCUAAGUGAAAACAACAUGGACUGCAGCUGCACCAACUGCGGGGACUUUGCAACUGGGUUCUCCAGGAGGAUAGAGUACUUAUGGAAGUUUCUGGAUUCGACAAGUGCAGCAUUCAAGGGCCGAGAAAGUGAAGAGAGAAGGGUGAUGGAAGGAGAAGCUGCCAGGGCAUUGACAAACCCAGGAGAGAUGAAUGAGGGAAAAGAGAAAUGGUGUGAGAGAAUGCGGGGGGUCGGGUUUGCAGGAGAGGUAUUUGGGGAGGACGCCAUUGAUGGAGCUCGGGCGUUGUUGAAGAAGUACGACAGCAACUGGGAAAUGAGAGUAGAAGAGAAAGAUGGGUGUGUGGGGUUGUGGUGGAAAGGGCUACCUGUUUCCUUUUGUUCACUCUGGAGGCUGGAGGAUACCAAACCAAAUAACAGUUAGAAAAAAAAAAUGGUCCUGGUCAUCUCCCACGUUUUUCUCUUCUCUUCUGUGUAAAUUUCAAGGAGCA